UUUACUUCUCUCUCUAAACCUUAAUUUUCUCGGGCAAUCGAAAAUGUCGAAAUCCACAACGGCAAUGGCUGCGCCGAUUAAACCAGAGGAUUACAAACACAGUCCAAUCCACUACGCCGUUGCAACAGGAGACCACGCUACUCUAUCUCGAAUCGUCUCCUCUCUACCUCGUCUCGCCGAUCCCUCCAAGGUAGUACUCAACGAAGCCGACUCCCUAGCCCAAGAGAGAAUUGCCGAUAAGAUAUCCACAGUCCUUGACUGCCGUGAUAAUCCUCAUAGAGAGACACCACUGCACCUCGCUGUACGAUUAAACGAUGUCUUCGCCGCCCGAACUCUAGCCUCCGCCGGCGCUAACAUUUCACUUCAGAAUGCCACAGGUUGGAAUGCCUUACAAGAUGCCAUGAUACGCCGUUGCUCCGAUGUCUCAAUCGUUCUUCUCCAGCAUCAACACGUUGCAGCUUGGCACAAGUGGCGUCGCCGAUUGCCUCGACUUAUUGCAGCUCUUCGGAGAAUGCGAGAUUUCUACAUGGAGAUUUCGUUUCAUUUUGAGAGCUCUAUUGUUCCGUUUGUUGGGAAGAUCGCACCGUCAGAUACUUAUAAGAUCUGGAAGAGAGAUGGAAAUCUUCGAGCUGAUACUUCGCUUGCUGGUUUUGACGGCAUGAAAGUACAACGCGCCGAUCAAAGCUUUCUCUUCCUCGGCGACGGGGACUCGGAUCACGAUGUUCCUCCAGGUUCGUUGUUAGUUAUUAAUCGCGACGAACGAAAGAUUUUUGAUGCAUUCGAGAACGCUGGAAAUCCUAUGACUGAAUCUGAUGUUGCUGGUUAUUGUUCUCAAACUAGCGUAUAUCGUCCUGGAAUGGACGUUACGCAGGCGGAACUCGUUGGUAGAACGAAUUGGAGAAGGCAGGAGAAGACGGAAAAUGUUGGCGAGUGGAAAGCUAGGGUGUAUGAAGUUCAUAAUGUAGUCUUCAGCUAUCGAUCGAAAAAAAUCAUUGGAACCGACUCCGAUCUCGCAGGCAGCGAGCAGAUUCUCCCGCUUGAGCUCGACGAAGACACUGAAGAUGGAUUCCUGGUGGCUGAGAAUCCGCAUUUCAGUUUCUCCGACGACCGUCAUCGCCACAGUAGUUUCGUUCGUGAGGAUCGACGACGGCACAGUAGCUUCGUUCGUGAGGAUCGACGGCACAGCAGCUUUAUUCGAGAGGAUAAUGAUAUUGUAUUAGUAUCAUCAAGAAACAGUGUGGAUAUCCCCUCUUCCUCAAGUGUUCCAGAUAAACGGAGGCAGACGCCGACGUUGACGUCUUCUGUGGUACCGCCACAGACGAAAGAAAAGGAUUAUGUUAAGAGCUUAAGGCCGUCCAUUUGGCUGACGGAUCAAUUUCCAUUGAAGACGGAAGAAUUGCUUCCAUUGUUAGACAUUCUAGCCAAUAAAGUUAAAGCAGUCAGACGAAUGAGAGAUCUGCUCACGACCAAGUUUCCCCCGGGGACAUUCCCGGUAAAGUUAGCCAUACCUGUGGUACCCACGGUCAAGGUGGUAAUAACAUUCACAAAGUUUACCGAGCUGCAGCAGCCUAUCGAACAUUUCUAUACCCCAUUGUCAAGUCCAAGGCUUUUUUCCUCAGCAGGUUGUGACAAUGAGACAGAUAAGUCUUCUUCUUCCUCCACAACAACCGCUGCUGCAUCUUCUGCAACAGCGUGGUUAAGGCGAAGCAAUAGCAAGACGAGUCUGGUGAACAAGAAGGUGAACUUUUCUUUGCCGGCUACACCUGCCCAACAAUCUAACCCAUUUGCAAUACCAAGCGGAUAUAGGUGGAGUAGUUUUGAUGAAAAGACAACUAAUAAGAAGACAACUAAGAAAUCCAAGUCAUCGGGAAAGAAGACUAUUUGAGAGGUCAAAUUACCAAAUCCAACAAGGCCAGCAACUUAAUUACAAAGUCAUCGGGAAAAUAUUUGUAGAUAAAGAGAAAAUAUUAAUAUGUUGUUUCUGUGGUAGAUUAUUUGAUAAAAUUGGAACUGUGUGUGGUAACUGGUAAUGUCCUGGCUAAAGGACAAAGCAGAUAUUUGUUUGUUUUCUUUGUUUUUUAUUUGUCUACUACUAAAGAAAAAGUUUAAUUGGUUUC